GCGAGCCGGGAUGGACCGGGUGAGCAGCUCCAUGAAGCAGGUGCCCAACCCGCUGCCCAAGGUGCUGAGCCGGCGCGGGGCUGGCGGCGGCGGCGGCCUGGAGGCGGAGCGCGAGGGCUUCGAGCGCAGCCAGACCGUCAGCAUCAAUAAGGCCAUUAACACACAGGAAGUGGCUGUCAAGGAGAAACACGCCAGAACAUGCAUCCUGGGAACCCACCACGAGAAAGGAGCUCAGACCUUCUGGUCCGUCGUGAACCGACUCCCCCUCUCCAGCAACGCCGUGCUCUGUUGGAAGUUCUGCCACGUGUUCCACAAGCUCCUCCGCGAUGGACACCCAAAUGUCCUGAAAGACUCUGUGAGGUACAAGAACGAGCUGAACGACAUGAGCAGGAUGUGGAGUCAUCUGAGUGAGGGCUACGGGCAGCUGUGCAGCAUCUACCUCAAACUGCUGAGAACCAAAAUGGAGUUCCAUACGAAAAACCCCCGGUUCCCAGGCAAUCUCCAGAUGUCUGACCGGCAGCUUGACGAGGCAGGAGAAAACGACGUCAAUAACUUCUUCCAGCUGACGGUGGAGAUGUUUGACUAUUUGGAGUGUGAGCUGAACCUGUUCCAGACGGUAUUCAGCUCCUUGGACAUGUCUCGCUCCGUGUCGGUCACUGCUGCUGGCCAGUGCCGGUUGGCCCCGCUGAUACAGGUGAUCCUGGACUGCAGCCAUCUCUAUGACUACACUGUUAAACUCCUCUUCAAGCUGCACUCCUGUCUCCCCGCUGACACACUACAGGGCCACAGGGACCGUUUCCUGGAGCAGUUCAGAAAGCUGAAAGAUUUGUUCUAUCGCUCCAGCAACCUGCAGUACUUUAAACGGCUGAUUCAGAUCCCACAGCUCCCAGAGAAUCCUCCCAACUUUCUGCGGGCCUCGGCUCUGUCGGAGCACAUCAGUCCCGUGGUGGUGAUCCCGGCUGAGGCCUCGUCCCCAGACAGCGAGCCCAUCACCGAUCUAGUGGAGACGGACACAGCGUCACAACAGAGCUUGUUUGACAAUAAGUUUGAUGACAUCUUUGGCAGUUCGUUCAGUAACGAUCCUUUCAACUUCAGCAGUCAGAAUGGGAUGAACAAGGAUGACAAGGACCGGUUGAUCGAGCAGCUGUACCGGGAGAUCAGUGCGCUGAAGGAGGAGCUGGAGAACUUCAAGGCAGAGAGCCAUCGCCUAGGGGUGCAGCUGAGAGGACGGAUCAGCGAGCUGGAGGCAGAGCUAGCGGAGCAGCAGCACCUCAAGCAGCAGGCCCUGGACGAGAGCGAUUUCCUGCACACCGAGCUGGAGGAGCUGAAGAAGCAGUGGGAGGACACUGAGAAAGCACAGAGGAGCCUGACGGAGAUUGAGAGGAAGGCGCAGGCUAACGAGCAGCGGUACACCAAGCUGAAGGAGAAGUACAGCGAGCUGGUGCAGAACCAUGCUGACCUGCUGCGCAAGAACGCAGAGGUCACCAAGCAGGUAACGGUAGCGAGACAGGCCCAAGGCGAUGUGGAGCGGGAGAAGAAAGAGUUAGAGGACUCCUUCCAGCGCGUGAGCGAGCAGGCCCAGAGGAAGGCUCAGGAACAGGCAGAGGUCUUGGAAACCUUGAAGAGAGAGCUCACAGCCAGCAAGCAGGAGCAGCAGGCCCUCCAAAGCACUCUGAAAUCCAGUUUGCAGUCGGAAGCAGAGCGUAGCACCAGGACAGCGGGCUUGGAGCAGGAGAGGGACACCCUGGUGGUGGCAGUGGCCCAGCGCAGCCAGGAGGUGGAGGCAUUGCAGGCCGAGUUGCAGCAGCUGAAGGGCACUCUAGACAGCGAGAAGGAGAGCAGCAGUAAAACGCUGGAGACACUGCAGACCCGGCUGGGAGAGAAGGAGAGCCGUGAGCAAGCCCUCCAGCAGCGGCUCCUCGACGAGCAGUUUGCCUUGCUGCAGUGCACGGUGCAGGAGGCUGAGCAGAUGGUGCAGGACUCCCUGAACCGACUCGACGACCCCGCCCACAUCAGCUGCACGAGCUCUGCAGAUUAUCUCCUGUGCAGAACGUUGGCUGCCUCCGACUGCAUAGAGCGGCUCCAGGGUGCGCAUGGCAAAUACCUUUCCAACCGCUCAGAUGUAAGCAGCCUGCUGCCAUGCGUGGCCCUGUUUGCCCACCUCAUCAGCGACACCAUCUUGCAGGGCAGCGCCACCUCCCACAUGGUCCCUAUGGAGCCUGCUGACCUGCUGUCGGAGAUGUGUAAGCAGUGCGGGAGCGAGGCCCUGAGCUACCUUGGUGCCCUGAAAGAUGAGGCCUCCCUGGGGUGCGCCGACUGCACCGCCGUGAGAAACUGCCUGAGCCGAAUCAGCGCCAUCGGAGAGGAGCUUCGGCCCAAAGGCCUGGACGUCGAGCAGGAGGAGCUGGGGGACCUGGUGGACAAGGAGAUGGCAGCUACGUCAGCAGCUGUCGAGAUGGCAGUUGCCAGGAUAGAGGAUAUGCUCAGCAAGUCUCGGGCUGGGGACACCGGGGUCAAGCUGGAGGUCAAUGAGAGGAUUCUGGGCUCCUGCACGGACCUGAUGCAGGCUAUCCAGGUGCUAGUCCUGGCUUCUAAGGACCUCCAGAGGGAGAUUGUGGAGAGCGGAAGGGGCGCGGCGUCCCCCAAGGAGUUCUACGCCAGGAAUUCCCGCUGGACGGAGGGCCUGAUCUCCGCAUCCAAAGCCGUGGGCUGGGGAGCCACCGUCAUGGUUGACGCCGCUGACCUGGUGGUGCAAGGAAAAGGCAAAUUCGAGGAGCUGAUGGUGUGCUCUCAUGAGAUCGCGGCUAGCACUGCCCAGCUGGUGGCUGCCUCCAAGGUGAAAGCGGAUAAGGACAGUGCUAACCUGGCCAAGCUCCGGCAGGCAUCGCGAGGAGUCAACCAGGCCACCGCCAGUGUGGUGGCCUCCACCAAGUCAGGGAAGUCUCAGAUUGAGGAGAAAGACAGUAUGGACUUCUCCAGCAUGACACUAACUCAGAUCAAGCGCCAGGAAAUGGACUCGCAGGUGCGAGUGUUGGAGCUGGAAAACCAGCUGCAGAAGGAGCGCCAGAAGCUGGGAGAACUCCGCAAGAAGCAUUAUAAGCUAGCGGGUGUGGCGGAGGGCUGGGAUGAGGACGCUGCAGAGUAGCUUCCCACGCCUGAAUCAGCCACCCACGGACGCCCCUUCAGUUGGCCGGGACCCAGCUUGGUGUAGCUCUUUCUGAAGAUACAAAAUAAACCGGUGCAAAAUCCGCCUUGAAGCACGUCCUCUGCGUUCCCAAGGACCCUCCUCCAGCACGCCCGGCCGGGCAGCCGCCCCACCCUCGACUGGGCAAGUAGAAAGUGCGGAGGCCUGAAGUGCCCGGAGCCAUGGCAGCGCCGGCUCCCCACAGCCACGGGACACAGACUCUGCCCGCGUGUUUAGUGCAGCUGCUUUGGGUUCCGACUAAACCUCGGUUCGCUCUUGCACAGACUCUGAACCGGUUCUGCCUCGGCGACACGAGCCAGGACGCACCCCGGGCCCUGGCGGCGGCAGCUCCGAUCUGGCGUGGGGUACUAGGGCUUUGACCCCACUGUGCUUCGCCAGCCCAGUUCAGAGCCAGCGUCGCGCUGGGCAGGGCGUGGAAAUGCAGCCAAGCUGGUUCUCCUGCUGGCGAGGCUGGGCGGGCUCUGGGCUCGGUGCUGGGCACACCGCCCUCCCCACCCCCAUGCUUCCCCUCCCACUUGCUGUUCUAAGCUGGCUCUGUGCAGCUGAGAGCCCGUGGGGGGCGUGCUGCACCCGGGGGGUGGACAACGAGUGCCUUUCACUGCUGGAAGAGGGCCAGCGUGCCUCAAUAACACCUCAUCCGCAAGUGUCUUACUGCACUUCGAACGGGGCCAUCCCAGGGCAGCCGGCCUCCAGCCGCGGGGAGCUGCCAGCAAAGCCCCAGCACGCAGGCCGGGGGAGCCCUGGUCCCUUAAAGCCAUGUGUUAGACAGCCGGUGGGGGCAGCGCCCGAGCUACCAGCCUGCCAGCCCCUGAACCCCUGGUGGGAGAGGGUCCUAGCCUGGUCCUGGGAGCCGACCCAUCCCCACCCCAGAGCAGGGAGCUGUCCCAGCCUCGUGCCUGGAGCAGAUCACUGUGUUAGUGCCAGCAAUAAACCACUAUCAAAGGUGCUUGGCCCGGCGCAGGUGAGAGGCGUCUUUCCGAGCUCCUGCCUCUCCAUCACAGCCUCUGCCUUUGCCAGCGGGGAGAGUUACCCAGGCCGCCCCAGCGGGUAAUACAUGAAGCUGCCCCACCGGCUCUGAUCCCCGCCCAGUGGGAAGGGGGCACUUGGACCCUGGCUCCAGCCACCUUGCAAAAGAGCUCUGCAGGGCACCCAGCUGCCGGUUCUCCUCACUGAUCUGAGCAGCAUGGCUGGUGCAGACUGCAGGCGUCUGGUGCUGGACUGAUCCUCGGUGCCCUUCGGGGGCUGCUACGGAGCAGAAAGCUGCUCUAGAAUUUGGAACAAGCACGGUCCCCUUCGCUGCCUCUGUGCCCUCCUUACUGGUGCACAGCUGGGCAUCUUCUGGGCACUGUGAGCCCGCGGGGGCAGCCCAUGGCCGGGUUUGCUUGGGAAGCGAGGGAUGGGAGCAGAGGAGUGACCCCUGGGAACGCCUCCCUUCCCUUCUAGACGGGGCAGAGGAGGCUGAAGACGCUUGGUGGCCUGUGUCAUUUCACCCCAUUCGAGGCAGCGAAUCCAAAGGCAACCCGGGGUCUGAGCUCACCCCUCCCUGGGAGCCCAGCCAGCUGCUCAGAACAUGGCCACCCCAUCACUUAGAUCCUCCCCCCUCCCCGCUCAGGCAGCACCAGCUGGGGAUGGAGGGGCAGUCUGCCCCUAGCAGAAACAAAACACCGUCCUGCUCUGGGCUUUCAGGUGCUGCCUCUCAGCCAGUGCUGACAAAGGAGUCGGUGAAAUACCCUCCCUGCUGACACAGCCGGGCAGUCCUGGGCUGCUCGUACCCAGCGGACAGCCUGCACGGGGGCAGUUCAUGCAAAUCGGGGCCCGUUUCAUCCCAUGGGAAUCCCACUGCAGUGAGAUGUGGAGGCGAAUUUGCCUUUGCGUGUGCUUGGCCGGUCCCCCUCCCCCUGCCAGGGCUAGUGGCUGCGGGUCGGUGCCCAGGGCCAGUUCCCCUCCCCCUGCCAGGGCUAGUGGCUGCGGGUUGGUGCCCAGGGCCGGUCCCCCUCCCCCUGCCAGGGCUAGUGGCUGCGGGUCGGUGCCCAGGGCCAGUUCCCCUCCCCCUGCCAGGGCUAGUGGCUGCAGGUCGGUGCCCAGGGCCAGUUCCCCUCCCCCUGUCAGGGCUAGUGGCUGCGGGUCGGUGCCCAGGGCCAGUUCCUCUCCCCCUGUCAGGGCUAGGGGCUGUGGGUCAGUGCCCAGUCUCACAUGUCUCUGGCUGGGAUGGGGUUGCCACCUAGUUGGUGCCCCGUGUCUAAUUUGAAAACCAGCUGGUUCAAGCAGUGGCGAUAAUUGGGCCCGAUUCAGACCUAGUCUGUGUCCUACGCCGCAGAAGCCAUUGCUGCCCCCCCAGGGGCUGAGUCCGUCCCUUUGGGCAGUGGCUGCAGCCGGGCCCUGGGGCAGGUCUAAGCCAGAUCUGCACGGGAUGCCCAGGGCCUUGGGAGAGGCGCUCUUACAGCCUGGCCGGUGAAAUCCAGUCUGGCCAGUAACCUGCCUUUUCAGACAGGACAGAAGUUUGUCCUCCCGAAGCUGCCAGUCACCCAGUCACCCGGCAGCGCUGGCUCCCCUCUCCCAGGAGCCGGCCACGGCCCAGCCGCCUCCAGGGCCCAGGACAAGCCGGGACAGCCCAGCCUCUGUCCACACUGGCUCUGGCGUGUGGCACCACAUGCCAGUCUGGGCGCCUGUCGUGCCCGUGUAGGAGAAAACAGAGCCCCGGCCUUCGGACAGGCAGCAUGUGGGUCUGUGGGUGUUCCCCAUGUGGGCCCCAGCCCCGGAUCUCGGCUCUGGGACACUAAACACUAACCCUUGCUCCUGGCGGAGCCCAUGCGGUGCUAUGGCCUGCAGAGGCGCCCAGCCCUGUAGGACUUUGUGUCUGGUGCUCUCACUGCUUCCAAGUCAGCGUGAUCCACCCCCACGCCACCGCCAGACCAAAUACAGCCCCUUGCCCUGCAACUACCUCCGAAGCAAUAGGAGCUGCAGCAGGCAGGCGGGGGGUGGGGGACGUGCUUACACCCCCUUCCUCCGGUGUGGGGUCCCACCUGGGCGGCUCAAGCCCAGCUACCUCAGCUCUCCGGGCUGGUGCCACAGGGACAGAGCCAGGAGGAAGAGCAGGGAUAGAGGGGUUGGAGGAGGA